AAAUGGGAAGAAACACAAUAAGAUCGAUAAAAUGGAUGACAUUGAUAAAAAACUUGGAGUAAAAACAUUUUGAAAAUGUGUACAAACAAGGGCAGCUUGAAGUACUAGGGAAGUGUGCACAUUGCGAUUGCUUUGACCUCAUUUCUAAACUUGCAUCUGACGCUCUUCUGAGAUGUCUUCAGAAAAAAAGGGAAAAUGAGGAUAUGAGAUGCAAGUCUUCAAUUCAUAUUUGUAUUCAUAUAUUUCAACACGGCGAUAAUAUGUCUCAGGACACCAACUCCACCGACUUCAAAGAAUUUUAUGUACAGGCUCGGUUUAUAACGGGGCUCAUCCUAUACCCCAUAUUCUGUGUCUUGGGUCUUAUCGGGAAUGGCCUAGGAAUAGCAGUUAUGCUUCAAAAACAGAUGAGGUCAUCUACAAACGUGUAUCUUCUGGCCUUAGCGAUUUCUGACGGUAUUAAAAUCAUUUGCGACGCACUAUAUUUCAUUGUGGUACUUUCUUUAGAAUUAGAUCCAAAAUUUGGAAACAAAUUGUACAUAUUUUUGUACCCAUAUGCACAUUAUGUUUUCAACGCGUCUCUUUGCAUAUCGGCCUGGUUAACCGUGGCUGUGGCGGUAGAGAGAUACGUGUAUGUGUGUCACGUCCACAGGGUUCGAACGUACUGCACUUUGUCUCGGGCCAGAACGAUAUCUUUCAGUGUGUUCAUUGUGAUGAGUCUAGCCUGCAUUCCAUACGCUUUGCGAUACAAAACGGUCGAAAGCCAAAACAAUUCCACCUCGUGGACCAGUUACGACUUGAGCCUGACCGACUUGUGGGUGGAUCCAAAAUUUUCUUCUAUAUUUACAUGGACCCAGUAUUUUAUUCGAAUCAUCAUUCCACUUACUUUGCUUAUUGUCCUUAAUAUAUUCAUUAUGUAUGGGAUUCGUAAAUGUCGUAUUGGAAGAAAAAAUCACAGAAUUACAGUCAUGCUUAUCGUUGUCAUCAUAGUUUUCAUCAUAUGCAUUAUUCCAGACGCCAUCAUGUCCACAUUCCUGGGAUUUGGAUAUUAUGAGGAGGAUUUCUUAGCGCGAGCAAUCCGAGAAAUCACCGACUUGUUUCUGCUUAUAAACACAGCCAUUAAUUUUGUUAUUUAUUGUGCGUUCAACACAAUUUUCUGGAGAAAUUUCCAGUCUCUGUUUUGCUCUUGUUGCAUCUCGAAAGGAACAUUGUUGGAAAAUUCUCAUAUGAGACAGCUGUCAUUAUGUGGUAGAGAUCUUUCCAGGAGGUCACUGAAGAGUGUCCAUGCUGUCAAAGAAGAACGUCUCCUACCAGAGCCGGCUGAACUUUGAUAAACAUUAUGUGGCAUAUAUAUUUUGUAUUGGAGAGUACGAUUAAUAUUAAUUGUAUCGAGAGUAUAUCAAAACUUUAAAUCAGAAAUCAUUAAAAUUCAACCGGUGAUGUUUAAAAGUAGAUGUUUCUGUAUCAUUUUGAUUAAACCUUAUGCAUUUCUGCAUAAUAC